UUGAUAUGCUUCCAAUGGAAAAUGACGUGUGAUGUUGCUUGGAAUGAUCUCAAGUCCUCUCUCUCUCUCUCUCCAUUUCGAGGAAAGAUUGUGGAAGUCGAGGUGGGUCUGUUGAAAUUUGUACAUAAAGAAGAUCGUGGUGCUGGUAGAAUUAUACUACAGUAACUCAGCAAUCUUCGGUCCGGCCAAAGUCAAACGGAGUCGGUGCUUUAACAUCCCUAUCGUUCGAAGCCUUCUAACUUGGGGUUUCUGUGAGCUUUGCCUUCAGGCGUUGUUCCAAGUUUGCAGACUUGGUGCUCCCGAGAGGUGAUAAACUGAAUAUCCAUCCACUCUUUGAUGGGGUUUUGCUGAGGAUAUAGCAAUCGUUUUGUGCCUUAUAGAGGAGUACUGAAUUGAGGCAGCCGAACAGCGAAGAGUGGCGGAUAAGAUGAUUCAAGUGUCGCAUCCGUGAUGCCUAGCUUUGUCCCUCCGAUGCCCAUUUCAAAUACCAUUCGCACAGAGGGGGGCACUAGCCAGUCUUCUCGAAUUUCUGACUUCGGGGUGCUUGAGCAAUCUCUGGGAUUUCAGAUAGUAGAUGCUGCUAACAUUAGUAGAAACCUUGUAUCUCAGUCAACAUUUUCAAGUAGUCCAGUAGAAGGUGCUGAUUUCCAAUUUGGCUCAUUCAGUAAGACAUUGCAGUUGCAGAACCAGCAGUUAAAUAUAGGUUCUGUGUCUGGCAGUCAUCGUGAGAGUGGUGCAGAGUCCAAUAUGGCAGACACCAGUGCUCGAACUGAUACCUCAACAGAUGUGGAUACAGAUGAUAAAAAUCAAAGGUCUGAAAUGGCUCAGUCCAAUGCUAUUGUGGGCUAUGAUUCGAGUGACAGAUCAAAGGAGAAAACAUUGGAUCAGAAGACACAAAGGAGGCUUGCUCAGAACCGAGAAGCUGCCAGAAAAAGCCGAUUGAGGAAAAAAGCCUAUGUACAACAGCUGGAGAGUAGUCGGCUGAAGCUUACACAACUUGAGCAGGAGCUGCAGCGUGCUCGCCAGCAGGGAAUAUUCAUUUCAAGUUCAGGAGAUCAGUCCCAUGCAACAGGUGGAAAUGGGGCCUUGGCGUUUGAUGUAGAAUAUGCACGAUGGUUGGAAGAGCACAAUCGGCAAAUAAAUGAGCUCAGAACAGCAGUCAAUUCUCAUGCAAGUGAUGUUGAGCUUCGCACCAUUGUGGAUAAUGUCAUCACUCAAUUUGAUGACAUCUUUAGGCUGAAGUCCAAUGCAGCUAAGGCUGAUGUCUUCCAUAUCUUGUCAGGAAUGUGGAAAACCCCUGCUGAGCGGUGUUUUAUGUGGAUUGGUGGCUUCCGCUCAUCUGAACUUCUCAAACUGCUGAUGAAUCAAUUAGAGCCUCUGACCGAACAACAGUUACUGGGCAUCUGCAACUUACAGCAAUCAUCACAACAGGCAGAAGAGGCUCUGUCUCAGGGAAUGGAAGCAUUGCAACAAUCUCUGGCUGAGACAUUGGUCAAUGGUUCUCCUGGCCCUUCAGGGUCUUCGGGUAAUGUGGCAAAUUAUAUGGGUCAAAUGGCAAUGGCUAUGGGGAAGCUAGGAACUUUGGAAGGUUUUGUCCGCCAGGCUGAUAAUCUGCGACAACAAACCUUACAACAAAUGCACCGUGUAUUGACAACCAGACAAUCUGCUCGCGCCCUCCUUGCCAUAAGCGACUAUUUCUCCCGACUUCGGGCCCUUAGUUCUCUCUGGCUUGCCCGACCCCGGGACUCGUGAAACAUGAAUUACUACAUCAUGGGAUACCAUCUUGACAAUUGGCUCCUUGGGGUGGUAUUUUUAAUCCUCUCAAAUACAAGCAAAUGGCUGCUGCUUGCUGGAACCUUGCAUAGAAGCCAGGUAUGGUGCGGGUAAAUUUAUUGCAUGUACAAACCCCCACCUGCUCUUGUAAAUUACACCUUUUCUUGUAGGUGUUUGUAUGCAAAUUUGUUGCGCAAUAAUAUGAUCAUGUUGUCAUGUUUAUAUCAGGAUUAGGAAGGAUUUUUGUCUUCAAUUUGGGAUCAGCUGUAGUUGUACAACCAAAACCAAAUCUGUUUUUGACCCACCCCCGUUUUAAUUAGUGUUGAAUUGACCUGGUAAGCCAUUCAGUUAUAUCAAGUUUUUCAAGCUUACUCGCAAGCUUUAAUUUUA